UCGAGCAUCAUCCUGUCAUCAUGGACGUUUCUCCGUCUCUGUUUCUUCUUCUGUGGUGGAUUUUUACUGUCAUGCCUGUUUCUGCUGCUGCACACUAUUCGUGCAGUGGUCCUCUGGUGUCGUCUUUACCUCCAUCUUCCUUCCAGAGUUCAUCUCAGUCGACCUUCAGCUCUGUUGCUCACCACGCCAGGGUCAACCGCAGAGACGGAUCUGGAGGCUGGUCGCCUUUACUGAUGGACCGGGAGCCCUGGCUGCAGCUGGACCUCAGGGAGCAAACAGAGGUGACAGCUGUGGCCACACAGGGGCGCUCUUCCAGCUCAGACUGGGUGAGAAGAUACCUGCUGCUGUACAGCGACACUGGCCAGGUGUGGAAGGAGUACUGUGGGGAGGACGGUGGACAGGUGUUUGUUGGGAACGUGAACUCUGACUCUGUGGUCCAGAACAAGCUCUCGCCCUCUCUGAGGACUCGGUUCCUGCGGUUUGUCCCUUUGGACUGGAACCCUGGUGGUGGUAUCGGCCUGAGGGUGGAGGUCUACGGCUGCUCCUACAAGUCUGAUGUGGCGGAUUUUGACGGCAGGAGUUCUCUGCUGUACCGUUUUAACCAGAAGUCCAUGUCGACGGUGAAGGAUGUCAUCUCUCUGCGCUUUAAGAGCCGCCAGGCCGAAGGUGUUCUGGUUCAUGGGGAGGGUCAGCGAGGAGACCACCUGACCCUGGAGCUGCACAAGGGAAAACUGUCCCUCUACCUCCACCUUGACGACACCCGGCUGAGGUUCAGCAGCAGUCUGGCUGCAGUCACCCUUGGCUCGCUGCUGGACGACCAGUUCUGGCACUCAGUGACCGUGGAACGCUUUAACAGGCAGGUGAAUGUGAGCCUGGACUCACACACGCAGCACUUCACGACCCGGGGGCAGGGGAAGUCUCUGGAGGUGGACUAUGAGCUGAGUUUUGGUGGGAUCCCUCUGCCCGGUAAACCUGGAACAUUCCUAAGGAGGAACUUUGACGGCUGCAUGGAGAAUCUUUACUACAAUGGCAUCAACAUAAUCGACCUUGCCAAGAGACGCAAACCACAGAUUUACACCGGUAACGUGACCUUCUCAUGCUCACGACCCUCGCUGCUCGCCAUUACCUUCCUCAGCUCCAGCAGCAGCUACCUCUCCUUACCCUCACCGUCAGCCAGUUUGGGAGGUUUUUCAGUCCACCUCCAGUUCAGAACAUGGAACACCGAUGGACUGCUGAUGUCAUCACGACUGAGCGGAGAUAACCAGAGACUGAGUCUACGAAUCAGAGACAAUCGUCUAAUCUUGAACAUCGACGAGAAGACAGCAUUAGAGAUUUCUACAGGUCAGCAGAUCAGUGAUGGUCUGUGGCACUCAGUGAGCUUGGACACUCGGGAUCUUCAGGUCAGUCUGACCCUGGACAGCGAGCCAGCAUCCACCAUGCAGCGCUGGGAGCUGCUUGAGGUCCAAGGAGGCUUUUAUUUCGGAGGCUGCCCCCCUGCUGGCUGUCCUGGCCAGAUGCCAUCUUUCCAGGGCUGCAUGCGUCUCAUCUCCAUCAACAACCACACCAUCGACCUUCGACUUAUGCAGAAAGGCAUGCUGGGAGUAUACAAUGAGCUGCAGUUUGACACCUGCAGCAUCAGAGACAGAUGUGUUCCUAACCUGUGUGAACAUGGCGGUGUGUGCCUGCAGACUUGGAGCUCCUCCUCCUGCGACUGUUCAAAGACGGGAUACACUGGAGCUGUCUGCCACCAAUCAAUGUACGAGGCGUCCUGUGAGGCCUACAGGCUCACCGGCGCCUCCUCUGGUUUCUACUCCAUCGAUCCUGAUGGGAGCGGCCCCCUGGGGCCCAUCCUGGUGUACUGCAACAUGACAGAGGAGCGUAUCUGGAUGGUGGUACAUCAUAACGUCAGCACUCCAGUCAUCGUUCAUGGCUCGUCACUUCAGAACCCACACAUCAUGACCUUUAACUAUAGCUCCGCCCCCAAACAUCUGCACGAUAUCACCAGCCGCUCAGAGCACUGCCAACAGGAAGUGGUUUACAGCUGCAGGAAGUCCCGCCUCUUCACCGAAGACGGCAGCCCAUUGGCAUGGUGGGUGGACCGUGGUGGCAAGAGGCAAAGUUACUGGGGGGGCUCGGUGCCGGGGGUGCAGGGAUGCUCGUGCAGUUUUGAGGAAACCUGUAUUGACCCAAAUUACCUCUGCAACUGUGAUGCAGACUCACCGUUGUGGACCACAGACUCAGGGUUCCUGACCAAUAAAAAUCAUCUCCCUCUGAGCGCGAUGGUGAUUGGAGACACACACCGAGUCGGAUCAGAGGCAGUCUUUGCCGUCGGCCCGCUCCGCUGUCAUGGAGACAGGUGGAUCUCCAAUGCAGCGUCCUUCCACCUGGAGGUGUCCUCGCUCCUCUUCCCCCCACUGCUGGCAGAACUCUCCUCAGACUUCUCCUUCUUCUUUAAAACUAGCGCUGCUGACGGAGUCUUUCUGGAAAACCUGGGACAUAAACACUUCAUCAGACUGGAGCUGAGCUCUCCCUCUGUGGUCACGUUCUCCUUCGAUGUUGGAGAUGGUCCCGUGGUCGUGGUGGUGACCUCCCCCUACCCUCUGAAUGACCGGCAGUGGCACCAGGUGAGGGCGGAGCGUAAUGUGAAGGAGGCGUGGCUACAGGUUGACCAGCUGCCUUUUCGUCUGCUGGAGGCUCCAGUUGAAGGACAGCAGCGUCUCCGCCUUAACAGACAGCUGGUCGUAGGUGGAUCGUCAUUGUCCCAGUUCCGAGGUUUCAUCGGCUGCUUGCGGACUCUGAACAUUAACGGAGUCAUGUUGGAUCUGGAAGAGAAGGCAAGGUUGGUACCUGGAGUGAGCUCAGGCUGUCCAGGUUACUGCAGCGCCUCCAGCAGUCUUUGUCAUAACAGGGGGAGGUGCAUCGAGACGGCUGACGGCUACAGGUGUGACUGCUCAACCUCAGCAUACGGAGGACCCACCUGUAGAGAAGAGGUGUCAGUCUGGUUGCACAGAGAGUCGUCCCUUACCUUUGUCCUUCAGGAUUCAUCCUCUGUAAUGAAUGGAUCAUCCAGAGACAGAGGGAGAGCAAACGAGGAUGUCAGCUUCAGUUUUAUAACAUCUCAUAGCCCUGCCCACCUGCUGACCAUCAGCACCUUCAGCCAGCAGUGCAUCGCCAUUGUCCUUGCCACAAAUGGUAGUCUUCAGAUCUGGUAUCACCUGGAGCCUCACAGACAGCCUGACGUGUUCAGUCCCGCCCACCGCAGUCUGUCAGAUGGACAGCUGCACCCAAUCAGAAUCCAGCGUGAGGGCAGACAGCUGUAUGUUCAGGUGGACCAGGAUGUCUACUCAGCAUUCACCAUGUCAUCAGAUUCACAGCUGAUCUCGCUACGUUCUCUGACGGUGGGAAAAGUCCUCAGAGGAGAGCUCUUUGACGAGGAGUUGCUCCAUGCAACCUCUAGUGGUUUUGUUGGAUGUUUUUCUUCACUCCGGUUUAAUCACAUGACUCCUCUGAAAACAGCGUUGCAGAACCGAGGCAGCUCAUUGGUCACUGUCAGAGGCUCGCUGGUCCAAUCCAGCUGCAGCGUGCUGACUGACUCCAUCACAUCACACAACCUCAGGGGAAACUCUCACGGUGAUUCUGAAGUGGUCGAUAAAGAGAAGAUGCCACAGGGCGGGGACACUCAGAGUGAUGUAGCUGUAAUAACAGGUGUGCUUACAGCCAUCACGUUCAUCACCGUGUGUGUGCUUGCCGUGGUGACCCGCAUCUUCUACCUCAAACAGGUCAACAAAAACGACAGCAUAACAGAGAAGGAACAGUGCCACAUCACGGAUACCCAAACCAGACCUGAACCACAGAGACCAGAACGACAAGGACAUGCUAUAAGAGAAAACAUGAAGGAGUACUACAUCUGA